AUGAACGGCGCGGUUCGCGGUCGACGCCCGCGUCGAUCUUCGUUGACACUGACGUCUCAGUUGUCGUCGGCUUGUGAAUGCCACCUCAUCGGAUCAUCGGGGACAGUGUGUCACCAAGUCACUGGACAGUGUCCUUGCAAAGAUGGUGUCGUCGGACUGACUUGCAACAGGUGUGCCAAAGGUUAUCAGCAGAGUCGAUCACCGAUUGCUCCUUGUGUCAAAAUACCGACGAUGCCAGAAAGAAAAACGGUUAGUCCAGCGCAGAAAUCAAGCAUCAGCAGCAGUAACGAAUAUUCAGAACACGACGGGACCUGCGAACGAUGUCAGAUAAACAAACGGCGACUGAACGUGAAGAAAUUCUGCAAACGCGAUUUUGCUGUUCUGGCGUUUGUACAGAACAGGGAACUCGCCGGGAACAGAGUCAAAUUUACCGUGUUGAUCAGAGACACAUUCAAGAAGUCACUGGAUUCUUCUUUGCUCCGAGGAAGGACCAGUUAUGUUUCCGUGUCUAUGAAUGCUUUGGCGUGCAAAUGUCCUAGUAUGAGAGUCGGAAGGUAA